UCACAGAUCUCCAGUUUUCCCAGACUCCUCUUGGCCGACCUGUGCCCUUUGCUACAGCAGGGGAUUGUUACAGUGCGGCCAAAUGUCCACAGGGCCAGUUCAGCAUUAAUCUGAUCGGCACUGGCCUCAAAGUGUCUGAGGCCACCAAGUGGACAUCUCAGGGCAACUAUGUUUCUGUCAAAGUCCACAGAUCAGAGGAUGGAACAAGAAUUUACGGUCGCUGUGGCGGUUUCUGUGGGAAGUGCAUUCCCCAUGCUCACAACGGCCUACUCCUUCAAGUCUACUGACGGCCAUGCAUGCAGAGACCAAACUAUGAACUCUAUGCUGAAGACAGAAGCCCAGUGGAUAUGCGUUAUUGUUGAUUUCAUGGACCCUGUCGUCAUCUGUGAGUGACAGAUUUUAACAGUAGUCAUCCUACAGUUACAUCCCCAUUUCCCAAAUGGCAGCUAAAACAUACGAGACCCUACAUACUGUGCAUUACUGCUGGGCCUCUGUCCAGUCCAUCAUCCAAAUUGCUUACCCUGAAGAAGAGCCAGCAAUAUCUGCUUGCCAACAGUGUUGCAUGAUAUCAAACACAUCUGCGCUUUGGAUCCUGAAAUACUUUUUUUUCUGACAUACUUAUGCAUUUUAAACAUUGAGCGAAGGGAUACAAUACUUUUAAAAGAAAACACUGGAAAGACAAAAAUGAAUAGACAAUUCUCUGUCUUAAAGAAAAGACAAACACAAAUAUAUGUUUCAGCAUUAUUUAGAGUCAAACAUAAAAACCUGAAACACCAGGAUCUAAUGCUUUUAGAGGUUACCUUUCAAAGUACACACACAGAUAUUAAUAUUUACAGAUCAACUGUAGACAUUUAGUUACAACUUAUCUAACUUGAACUUGAUGUUCAACUGAAAGUUUAAGAAUACACAUUUAUGUUAAACUGAUCAUAAAUCUCUGGUGACAAAGAAGUGAUACAUACAGACUUUAAAAAGAAGGUUGCAGAUAGUUGUAUCAAUGUUUUACAGUAUCAGACAUUAGGCUGAUAGUCCAUAAUACUAGCAGUAUUUUUUUAAUUGCCUAAGCACAGAUCGUCUUGGUGUUACACGUUUUGGCUUUUACUCUGUUCAAUCUUGUUAAGAGCCAGAGGAGUACACUGAUACCACCCGUAUAUGUCACAUGUUUUAUUUAUAUGACGCUUACAACAGCAGCUGAUUUGCCUGGCUUUGCAAAAAGACUUAAAACAGGGAGGAACUGCAGUCCUGGCUCUGCUUAAAGGUAACAAAAUCAUCCUGCUCGUACUCCUGCCGUUUAUAGAUCAACAUGGUUUAUCCUAUUUAUGGAAUCCACACUAAAACCAAAGUGUAGACAGGAAUAACACACACUGUUUCUUGAAAAAAACAUAGUUACAUCCUGUAUUGAGUCUUGACAUUACUCUUGAGUUUGCUAUUCAAACAGAUAAGAUUAAAGGAAGUGACGGGAUAUUUUGAACCUUUUCACCGAGCCGGUGUAUCUGUUUCCCCAUUAUACCAAUCUGUAAAGGAAGCCAGGCUAACUGCGUGCUAGCUGGGUAGCUAAACAUUAUAAGCAAAGGCAUGGAGUUGGUAUUGAUCCUGACCUGCCUUCUGACAAAGGUAAAACAUGAGGAGCUUUUUAAACAACAACGGAUCAUUUACGUUUUCAUUGUUUAAUAUCUUUUAAUCCUGUCUGCUUAUAUCUGCGGUCAAGUUCUUAAAAAUACUACUCAACCUGCACAGGCAGUCCAGAACCUGACCCAUGACUGUCUCGUACAAACAGGAGAAACACUAGUGCUGUGAGGACGUAGAUAAAUAUUUCUUAGUGUUUAAGUAAAGUAUCAUGUUUUUUUUGUGGAUGAAUUUGUUUUCAGAUUUUUUUUACAUUUGUUUGUUUUUAAUCAUGUCACACAGACAAAGUUCUCAUCUGUUACACCGUGACACAGUAUCAGGUGUGUUGUCUCACCUCACACCCUCCAUUGGGCCUACUGUAGGUACCUGCAACCCCUACCUCUCAUAAAACAUCCAUACUCGACUGAGAUAUGUGUUGUAAUAUAUUUAUGUUUGACUAUAUUUAUUCUGUAAUGUCUGUAGGUAUGUUGUUUUUAGGGCACAGUGACUACUACCAGUGCAGAAGACAUUGUCAGAUGUUUGUAUGCCCUCUGCCUGCUUUGCUAAUAAUAAGGUAUUACCUUACUACUAUUUGUAGUGUAUAACCACUAACCUUAAAAGAGGAUCUUGUGAAUGGUGCUUUUGAACUACUGGAAUUACCUCCGACCUUAAGAAGGAAAACACUGACUUUUGUCUCUUAAGCAGACGUAGGCUCUGCAUAGAAAGCAUGUUAUGGUCCUCUUAUUAAUGUUGCUGAAUAUCUAGCUGCAAAGCUGCCAGAUGUACCAGAGAAAUCACUGCAUGAGUAAACCCGCUCCUGAGUACUACUAAACUCAUCCUAAAUGACUUUCAUCAUGACCACUACUACAACUACCAAGCAACCUAACAUGCUCUGGUGUUCAGCUUUAACCAAAGUUAGAGGAUAUAGGUGCAGAUUUUUUUUGUUUUGUUCUUCUCAAACAAUGCAGCUUCUUUUGAUUUAAAGAAUGGCUGAAUAAAAUAAAAAAUAAGUCAAUGAGCAGCUAGAAAACCUUUGGUCGUCAUUCAUAUUUGUGAUGGUCAAUUGUUCUAUGAGGUCUGUAUCAGAAAGUUAAAGAAUACUUGAUGCACUAUGUGCCAUAAAUUUUGUAAAAAAUGUAAUCCUGUUUGUCCUUUUUUUUGUAAUAACCGUUAAGAUGUGUAACUUAUGAUAUAUGUGUAUUUUUAAUAUUCAUACUUGAAUUGUAAACAGUGUGCUAAAUAUUGAAUGGGCAUUGGUACUGAAAAAAGUGUGCUUUUUUGCCAGGCUUUAUCCAAAGAUGUGUUUUUAAGAAUCAUAUAAACCGUGCAGUAUGUAUGUUUGUAGCCUGUAUAAAAGAAAUGAAUGAUUGAUUCUGGUGCUAUGGUUACUAAUCGUACCAAUACUGUAUGUCUUGCUACUACACUAACACUGUAAAAAAAUCUGUAAUAAUAAAAAAGGCUUUUCAGCU